AUGCUCUUCCUCCUCGCCGUCACGGUUCGGAUCCUGGUUGCGCUCCUCACGCGCACCUCGUUCCAGCCCGACGAGUACUUUCAGGCUCUAGAGCCGGCGCAUGACCUUGUCUUUGGCUAUGGACAUCUGACCUGGGAAUGGUUGACUCCGAAUCCCAUUAGGAGCAUCCUCUACCCACUGCUCAACGUGCCAGUUUUCUGGAUCCUCAAAGCGGCAGGACUUGACUCUGUCAACUGCUUGCUCAUCGCUGGCCCUCGACUAGUACACGGUACACUGGCAGCCUUGACGGACUUGUUCUCAUACAAAUUGGCAAGACGCGAACUGGGGCCCAGCUACGCCAAUGUUGCGCUCUUCUUGUCCCUGACUUCGCCGUUCAACGCGCUCGCUCUUUCGCGUUCGCUGUCCAAUUCGCUCGAGACCUCGUUGAGCACCGUAGCUUACGUCUACUACCCGUGGUCAGAGACGAAUAGGCUCUUGAAGUACGUCUUUAUAUCGCGUCUUCGCGUCGUUCUUGCACUCGCAGCUCUAGCCUGCCUCGUCCGUCCCACUAACGCCGUCAUCUGGAUCUACCUCUUCGGCCAGCUAUUCGCAAACCAGCCCAAUAUCAGGCUACACCUGACCGUGAAUGCGAUUGUCACUGGGAUUGUGGCUCUUUCCAUCCAGAUACUUGCGGAUUCCAUCUACUAUGGUCGCCUUGUCAUCACGCCCCUCAACUUCCUCCGCGCAAACGCAUCCAGCGUGUCCCUCUUCUAUGGCCAGAACAACGCGACGUUCUACAUCUUUCAGGCCUUACCGGUCCUUUGCAGCACCGCCUUGCCGUUCGCCCUGCAUGGCAUUUACAAGAGUUUGCGGAACACCGACAGCACGAACUCGGCACUGACACAGAUGACCCGUGCCACUGCAUGGACGAUGGCCGUCUACUCACUUGCCGGGCAUAAAGAAUGGCGCUUCAUCCACCCGCUUUUGCCUCUCCUGCAUACUCUGGCAGCGAAGUCUAUCGUCGACCUCUCAACAUCAUCUUCACCACCUUCCAAAUCAAGCAAAGCUCGCUCACGAUUCCCUGUCAAGAGGGCGUAUCUCGCCUUGCUCGCCCUCGGCAUCCCCGCCUCCCUCUACGUUGUCCUCAUUCACAACAGCGCGCCCAUCAGCGCCGUGGCGUACUUGCAUAAUUUACCUGCGAGUGCGAAUGCGACCAGCGUGGUGGGCGUCCUGAUGCCCUGCCAUUCGCUGCCUGGACAAGCCUACCUGCACCGUUCUGACUUCGCGGACCUCCGAGUGAUGUGGUCUUUGGGCUGCGAGCCGCCUCUUGGACUAAAUCCCGAGGCAGCCGAAUCGUACAUGGAUCAGACGACCGUCUUCUUCGACAACCCUCGCCAGUACCUCGUCGACCGCUUCCCGACCGGUGUAAACGCCUCCUUUCCUCCUUCGCCGAAGCCCUUCACUCCACCCACAUCCGCCGGCGAUCUCUCACAAGACUGGAGACAUGAAUGGCCGAGAUACCUUGUGCUUUACGGUGCACUGCUGCACCAUGAAGACGUACGGGUACUCUUGCAUCAAAAAGGGUAUAGGGAGAUCUGGAGCAGCGGAGAGCACUGGUGGCAGGGUUCGAUAGGCCCUGAUGAGGAGAGGAUGGGGGGUAUUCGUGUAUGGCGUUGGGAAUCCUAG